AUGGACCUCGUGAGCCAGUGCGGCAGUGUCAUCGCCUGUCGCUUGUCGCCGUCGCAGAAGGCCGAGAUUGUGGCGAUGGUCAAAGCCAGCCCCAAGGCGCCCGUGACACUUGCAAUUGGCGACGGCGGCAACGACGUGACCAUGAUCCAGGAGGCCCACAUUGGCGUCGGUAUUGCUGGCCACGAAGGUAUGCAAGCGGUGCGGGCCGCGGACAUUGAGGUUGGGCAGUUCCGGUGCCUCGCGCACCUUAUUUUGCUCCACGGCCGAUGGAACUACCUCCGCAUUCGGAACCUCAUCACGUUUACGUUCUAUAAGAACGCAGUGCUCAUAUGCAGUCUCAUGUGGUUCUCGUCCUACUGCGGCUGGUCGGGCCAGACCCUGUAUGACUCGUACCUCAUGGUCGGCUGGAACGUCGCGUACACCCUCUUACCGAUCCUCGUGCUCGGCAUUCUGGACCAGGACCUCCAGGCGUGGAUCGUGUGGCAGGCGCCCCGCAUUCUGCAGUGCCUCCCGCCCUUUGGCGUCAAGCAGAUCUUAUGCACCUUACUGAACGCUCUCUACCACGCGACGCUCCUCGUGCAACUGACCGCGCCGUCGGUUGCAGCCACCGCGCUGGACACGGGCGGCCUCUUCCUCCUCGGCACGCGCUUUUAUGGCAUCCUCAUCGCGACCGUGACGCUCAAGGCCGUCUCGCUCAUGCACCCGAUGUACCGCUUCACGCGCUGGCAUGCUGCGGCGCUGGUGACGGGCUUCUCCGCCUACGUCGCCUUCGUGCAAGUGUACGCCCGGCUCUACCGCGUCUGGCCCAACGACGUCUUUGCCGACUUGUAUGGACUCGCGCAUCCGGCGAGGAACGAGCAACCGGUCUUGCGCCUGCUUUUGUACCCCGUGCUCACACUGCUGCUGGAUGCAACGGCGCGCGUGCUGCAGGUGGUUGUGGCACCGACCAACGCCGACAUCCUCGCCGAGCUCGAGGUCGCGCAGGGGCUCCCAGACACGGUCGCGUCCGACCGCCGGCGCACCCAAGACACGACGGGCUUUAUGCUCCAGCGCUGCGAAACCUUUCGCAAAUGUGAGCUCUCGCCGCUCGAGAAGGUGCUCCAGCAGCUCGCGCACCUCCAACGC